AUGCGGUCUGAAAAGGACCAGAUGACGGUGGGCAAGGACAAAAGUGUGGUGGAGAUUCAUUUCAGAGACUUCCCGAGGGACCAGGAGAACUGUGCCGGGGGCAACAGGCAGAAGGAGGAGAAGAAGGAGGUGUUCACGAAGGUGGUGAUUCGAAGGCUCCCACCCAACCUAUCAAAAGAUCAACUAGAAGAACAGCUCAGUCCGCUGCCAUCCUACGACUAUUUUGAGUUCUUCCCAGCUGAUCAAAGUCUCUAUCCUCAUUUGUUCUCCAGAGCAUAUAUCAAUUUCAAAAUUCCUGAAGAUAUCCUGCUGUUCAGAGACCGAUUUGACGGCUAUGUCUUCAUUGACAACAAAGGCCAGGAGUUUCCUGCGGUUGUAGAGUUUGCCCCCUUCCAGAAGAUUUCCAAGAAGAAACUGAAAAAGAAAGAUGCCAAAGUUGGAAGCAUUGAAGAAGAUCCAGAGUACAAGCGGUUCUUGGAGAAUUACUCCUGUGAUGAGGAGAAGUCUAUGGCCAACCCUGAGACUCUGCUGGGAGAGAUAGAGGCUAAGACCAGAGAGCUCAUAGCCAAGCGGACGACGCCUCUGCUAGAGUACAUCAAGAAUAAGAAAAUUGAGAAACAGAGAAUAAGAGAGGAGAAGAGAGAGGAGAGGAGGAGAAGAGAGCUCGAAAAGAAACGGCAAAGGGAGGAGGAGAAGAGAAAGCGGCGAGAGGAGGAGAGACGUAAACGAAAAGAGUCAGAGAAGCAGAAGAAAUUGUCCGAUAAAGACAUCAAAAUCAAGCUCCUGAAGAAGAGUGACAGAGACGACGAUGUGGAUUCAGACAGAAUGAAAGACAAGAGUGACACCGGGGAAACAGACAGGGGGAAAUGGGAGAAAGCUGGAGGACAAAUGAAGUCAAAGGAAUCCAAAGAAAAAGGUCAGCCUGAGAGCGACAAGGAGCAGAGAGAGCAGCAGCAGCACGGACGCCGGCAGCGAGACAAGGACCAUCGAGGGAAAGACGACGAGAGGAAACGACAGCGGCAUCACUACGAGUUUGACAAAUUUAUGCGGCGCAAAGAUGAGACAAAGUGGGGGAAGGGCUACUGCCAAGAUCGGGCAAAGAAAGAGGGGCACCAUCAUGGUUUCUCUUACUGUCCAGAUGGCGUGGAUAAGCUAGGGAAGGAGGAUAGGGAGGAGCUGGGUAAUCGGAAGGAACGCCUCCGAAACAAGGUGAGCGAGAAGGACCGUCCCGCCAUGCAGCUCUACCAGCCGGGCGCCCGCAACCGCAAGCGCAUGAGCUCCGGGUGCAAAGGCUACGACUGCAUCCCCGUGGGACCCUCACCUGAACCGGGGUCCGAUCACUGCUUUGAGGCAACAACGCUGGAGAAGGGGCUGGAGAAAAGCAAAGAUGAGCAGUGA